AAAGCCUGUAACACACUCGUUUACACGGAACCUUGCAGCAGUACAUGUAUCGAGUUAGAGCUGGAUUGAAAUGACGAUGUCGAUACUAACUGUGACAGUGCUAGCGAGUGUUCUGGCAACUGUCACGUUAUCAGCACCUCCAGUAUUCCGCUUAGCAAGUUACUAUGGUGACCACAUGGUGUUACAAAUGGAACCACAUCAGUCAAUUAUCUGGGGAUAUGGAGAAGAAAAUUCAGACAUUGAAGUGAACUUGAAAGAAAAAAUAUAUACAACAACAACAUACCAAGGUCCUGAUGGCAUACAAUGGAUUUGGAAAAUCACCUUGGAUGUUAUGCCACCGAGUGGGCCGUUUAGUAUCGAAAUAAAGCACCAUGCAUCAAUGACUGAUGUCAUAACACUACGUGAUGUAUUAUUUGGUGAUGUAUGGCUGUGUGGUGGGCAAAGUAACAUGGUUUUUUCAGUAACCCAGGCGUUCAAUGCAACCAUGGAAGCAAUGCUAUCUUAUGAGUAUCCUUACAUCAGAUUGUUUACAGUCAAUUUGAAUGAAUCUGAAAAAGCACUGUAUGACUUGGAAUCAGUGGAAGAACCUUGGUCUGUCCCAUCACCAGCAACUGUGUCUGCUGGAGCAUUCAAGUAUUUCUCAGCUACAUGUUGGUUCUAUGGUCGUAAUCUUUACGAUCACCUACAGUAUCCUAUUGGUUUACUGGUCAGCAGUUACGGUGGAACACCAGUAGAGGCGUGGUCAUCUCCAGAUGCAUUGAAGGUGUGCAAUAGAACAGAAUUACAGGAAGCAAACAACAGCAAAAAAAGUGAUAUUAUUGAAGCGAAAAAAAAUGAUCCUAAUUGGGAUGCCAAGUUUGGUGGACCCGGAGCUCAUAGU